AUGACUGGCACAGCUACCACGUCCAAGGCGGCGGCGGCCUCGCCACCUGUUGCCGCUGACCUCGCCCACCUCCCCGUCCCCACCAACUAUGUCGACCGGACCAUGGCGCGCAUGAAGCUCCUCCCGCCCAUAACCGUGUCCAACUUUGCCUCCAACGUCAACUGGGGCAACACCUUCUUCCUGGUGGCGCCACCCGCGCUCGCCAUCUGGGGCUUCUGCACCAUCCCGCUCCUGCGCCAAACCGCCAUCUUCAGCGUCCUGUACUACUUCUUCACGGGGCUCGGCAUCACCGCAGGCUACCACCGCCUCUGGUCGCACAGGUCGUACAACGCCUCCAAGUUCGUCGAGGUGCUGCUCGCCCUCGCUGGGGCCGGCUCCGUCCAGGGCUCGAUCAAGUGGUGGUGCCGCGGCCACCGCGCACACCACCGCUACACCGACACCAAGCUCGACCCGUACUCUGCCAACGAAGGCUUCUUCUCCUCCCACAUCGGCUGGAUCAUCUUCAAGCCCCGCGGCCAGAUUGGCGCGUCUGACGUGUCCGACCUGACGCGCAACUGGAUCGUCAAGUACCAGCACAAGUACUACGGCCCCAUUGCCCUCUUCAUGGCCUUUGUCGUGCCCACCCUGAUCACCGGCCUCGGCUGGGGAGACUACCUCGGCGGCUUCCUCUUCGCUGGCUGCGCGCGCCUCGUGUUCGUCCACCACUCGACCUUUGCCGUCAACUCCUUUGCGCACAUGUUCGGCGAGCACACGUACGACAACAAGCACUCGCCGCGCGACAACUUCCUCACGUCGCUCGUGACCUUUGGCGAGGGCUACCACAACUUCCACCACCAAUUCCCCAUGGACUUUCGCAACGCCAUCAGGUGGUACCAGUAUGACCCUACCAAGUGGCUUAUCUCGGCUUUCAGCACUCUCGGCCUCGCGUCCCACCUCAAGCGCUUCCCCGACAACGAGAUCCAGAAGGGCAAGUACACCAUGCAGCUCGAGAAGCUCCAGACCGACAACGGCAACAUCAAGUGGCCCAAGCGCGACCUGCCUGUGGUGUCGUGGGAGAACUUCCAGCCCGAUGCCAAGGAGCGUUCCCUCAUCGCGAUCCACGGCUUUAUCCACGACUGCUCCUCGUUCAUUGAGGACCACCCCGGCGGAGCCCACCUCAUCAAGAAGGCCAUCGGUACCGAUGCGACGGCUGCGUUCUUCGGUGGCGUCUACGACCACUCGAACGCCGCACACAACAUCCUCGGCAUGAUGCGUGUCGGCAUCCUCGACGGCGGCAUGGAGGUCGAGUCGCUCAAGUUCAAGAAGCGUCGCGACUCGGUCGCAUACCAGUCUGACUCGGAGGCCUCGACUUGCUCGGACGACGACUCCCUCGUCUCCGAGUCUGACAUCCAGGCCAUUGUCGAGGACAUCCAGGCCACUGUCCGCGAGUACGAGAACAAGCACCCGAUCCACCAGCCUUCGGCUUACGUUCCUAUCCCCUACGUCCUGCCUCUCCCCGCUUCGGAGCGCAUUGCCAUUAUCAAGGCCAAGCCCGAGCUCCUUCCCAGUGUUGCCUCCCGCGUGUCGUCUCCCGUGCCGACUCGCCCCGCCUCUCCUGUCCUCUAG